AUGCUGGUCAUUCUCUUGCUGCUAGUUGCACUCUUUUUGGUUGGUUACGCUCUGGUGAGGCAGCAGCUUUACUGGAGAUAUAAGAAUGUUGUUCAAGGAUUUCCGAAACCGAUUUUGGGUGAUAUCCUUGGCACAUUCUUCCAGUUUCAAUCCUUAACAGACAUGGUGAAGAAUCUCUAUUUUGCUUUUUCCAAUCAUAGAUACGCUGGAAUAUACCUGAUAACUCAACCGAUGCUCAUGAUUCGAGAUCCCGAACUCAUCAAACAAUUAGCAGUAAAGGACUUCGAACAUUUCACGGAUCACAUGAGCUACGUUCCUGGCGACAAUGAUGCUCUUUGGAGCAAUAAUCUCUUUGCAUUGAAAGGAACCAAAUGGUACCACAUGAGAAACAUUCUAAGUCCAGCAUUCACCAGCAUGAAGAUGCGAUACAUGUUUGAACUGAUAGACGAAGUCUCCUCUCAGUUUGUCACCUUUCAUAAAGACAAAAUUUUAAAUCAACAAACGAUCGAAUUGAAAGACGCUUAUACAAGGUACACUAAUGACGUAAUCGCAACGUGCGCUUUCGGUGUGAAGUGCGACUCCUUGGAACACCCGACCAAUGAAUUUUAUAAAAUGGGCAAGAUCGUGACAGAGGUGAAUAGUUUCUCAAGAAUUUUCAAGAUAAUCCUCAAUUUUUUUCUACCGUCGUUGGUUAAGGCUCUGAAAUUCACAAUAAUACCACAAAAGGUCAACGCGUUCUUCCUGCAGUUGGUUGGUGAUACUUUAAGAAUGCGUGAGCAGAAAGGCAUCAUUCGCCAGGAUAUGCUAAACUUGCUGAUGCAAGCGCGGCGAAAAGAUAGUAUGUCAAUCUCCGAUUUGGAGAUUACCUCGCAGUGCUUGGUAUUUUUUUUAGCCGGCUUUGAAAGCACCUCCUCAAUGAUGUGCUUCACAUCUUACGAAUUAGCCUUAAACCCAGACAUUCAACAACGAGUCAGAAAAGAGAUCGAAUCAGUUCAUCGUAAAUUUGGUAAAUUAACGUACGAAGCGAUGAAGCAACUCAAGUAUUUGGAUAUGAUUUUGAAUGAAACUAUCCGAAAGUGGCCUCUCGCUUUCCUGGUGGACAGAUUGUGCGUUAAGAAGUAUACAAUUGAGCCUACAUAUCCUGACGAAGAACCAGUACAUUUGGAGCCAGGCGAUGUGAUAUGUUUUCCCGUAGCUGGACUACAUCACGAUCAAAAGUAUUUUCCCAAUCCAAGUAAAUUCGAUCCGGAAAGGUUUUCGGAUUGCAACAAGGACAGUAUUCAUCCAUACACUUAUUUGGCUUUUGGAGUUGGACCUCGCUCUUGCAUAGGUCAUCGUUUUGCAUUGAUAACGGCCAAAAUGAUGUUUUUCAAACUACUCAGUACGUUCGAGAUUGUAAUCACAGAAAAAACUCCUGUUCCAUUAAAAAUCAGCAAAAUCGAUUUAAUGUUGACUCCAGCCGAUGGCUUCUGGCUAGGUCUGAAACAAAGAAUAUAA